AAAGAAUUUCACGUUUUUUUGUUUUGGUGAUGAUGAAAAUAAAGUUUGAUUAACGAAACAAAAAAAAAAAAAAAAAUGCCAAAACGUAAACAAAAAGGACUUGUUUUGUUGGCCUAUUCGGAUUCUGAACAUGAAGAAGAUCCAGAUGAUGAUGAACAACAUGAUUAUGGUAAUGAUGAUGAUAAUGAUUUAAAAUCGAAUGAUGAAUCCGAUUAUCAAUUGAAAGAUAAUGAUGGUGUUAACGAUGAUGGUAACGUUGAACAACAACAACAACAAUCGAAUAAAUGUGAAAAAAUUUAUUUCGAAGAUAUUUAUGGUGAUCGUAAUCUAUCUAUAUUAGAAUUUCAUCAAUCAUUAUUGGGUAAAGUUGAUGUUAACGAUAUACAGAUACCACCAGCAACAAGAAUAUCAUGUCCAAAUGAAUUACAAAAUCAAAUUGAAAAUUUAUAUGAAAAAGUUCAAAAUAAUGAUUAUGAUCUAAUACAUGCUAUACAGAAACGUAAAUCAAUGCGUAAUCCAAGUAUUUAUGAAAAAAUGAUUUCAUAUUGUGAAAUAAAUGAAAUGGCAACAAAUUAUCCAAAAGAUAUUUAUGAUCCAGAACCAUUUUUACAAAUGGAAUCAUUCUAUGAAGAAUUAUCUCGACAACAAAAAGAAUUGAUGGAAAAACAUCUGGUUCUGAGUCAAUUGAAUACAACCGAACGACAACAUUAUGAAAAUGAUUUCAAAGUCAUUGUUGAUACUAUACUUCGAGAAGUGUUGAUAUUGACAUUAUCUUCGAAAAACGAAGCUGAUUAUGAAAAAUUAAAACAUCUACUCCAAUUAUCGAUAACAUUGGCCAAAAGUGAACAUUGUUCCAUCAAUACUCCUAUUGUUUUGCUAAGUGAAUUACUUGAUUGUUGUACAUUGAAAGAAUGUGAACUAUUAUUUUCGCUUAUCGAUGAUAAUAUUCAUAUAUGGAAAGAGGAAUUUUUCUUCAAAAAUGUUAAAAAUCAAUUGCUUCGUACCUGUAAUGAUUUGCUCAGAAGACUUUCAAGAAAUCAAAACACUGUAUUCUGUGGAAGAAUUUUAAUCUUUUUGGCAAAUUUUUUCCCAUUGUUUGAACGAUCCGGUUUGAAUUUGACAUCCGAAUUCAAUCAGGAUAAUUCGACAUCAUAUUCAUUACAAGCGGAUGAUGAAAUUGAUGAAAAUCCAUCCAUUGAUGAUAUUGACAACGGUGUUGAAGGGGAGAAAGAAACUGAUCGUAUCAAAGUUGAUAUGAAUUUUUAUAGAAAAUUCUGGCAAUUACAAGAAUAUUUUCGUAAUCCAACAAUCAGUUAUCAACGAAAUAAUUUUAAAAAUUUUCAAAAUUAUUGCAACGAAGUUUUAUCAGUAUUUUCUGGCUAUAAAAUUGAUCCAAAUUCUUGUUUUUAUUUUCAAGCCCUUGGACUUGAUAACAACAACAACGAUGAUGAUAAUAAGACAAUAUUUUUUGUUAAAUUUUUAACAAAUCAAAAAUUAUUAGAACUGCAAUUAAGUGAUUCAAAUUUUCGUCGUCACAUUCUUAUACAGAUAUUGAUUGUUUUUCAAUAUUUUACAUCGAAUGUUAAAUUUCGUAUUAUGGAAACUGCAUCAUUAAAUGAUGAACAAUUAUCAUGGAUAAAUACUAUUCGCAGUAAAGUACAUCAAUUGAUUGAAGAAACACCACCAAAUGGUAAAGAAGUUAGUAAAGUUAUUGAACAUUUAUUGAAUCGUGAAGAAUUUUGGAAUAAUUGGAAAAAUGAUGGUUGUAGUGAAUUGAAACAGAUUGAAGAACCGGAAGAUCAACGUAAACGAACAGCCGAUUUUAUUGCAUCAACAUAUACUGUAUCGCAGAAAAGAGCACGACUCGGGGAUCAUGUACGAAAUGCUAUUAAUAAUAAUAAAAUUCUUAUCGGUAAUGCUGAAUUGAAUCGUUUAUGGAAUUUUUGUCCCGAUAAUUUGGAUGCUUGUCGUUCAACGAAACGAAUAUUUACACCAACAAUUGAACAAUUUUUUCAACCAUUAUUAAAACGACCAUCAGAUGAACGACAAUAUUAUUGUUCGGAUCCAAAUUAUUGCUGGAAAUCAUUACGUUUAUUAUGUCAAAAAAGUAAUUAUUUUUUUGUACCAAGUAAUCAGGUGGUGAAACCUGUAUCCGAUUAUCUUGAAGGUGUUAUUGAAAAAUUGGCUAAAGAUUAUAAUUUUUCAACACCAAAAAUUCAAAAUUCUAACAAUAAUAACAGCAAUGACAAUGGUAAUGGCAACAACGAUAUCAACAUGAAUAACAAUAAUAAUGAUAAUAAUAAUAAUAAUGAUGAUAAUAAGACUGAAACUGAAGAUAUUAGUGAUGAUGAAUUAUUGAAAAAUGUUGAUUCAAAUUCGGUUCGAAGUAAUGAUAAUGAUGUUGAUGAUGAUGAUACAAUGGAUGGUAUGGAUAUGAAUGGAAAUGAUUCCAAUAAUAAUGAUAACAACACUAAUGUUGAUGAUGUAAUCACUGCCAAUAUAAUCGAUCAAAUUGCUAUUAAAGUUCAAGAUUUUUGGGAUGAAUUAUCACCUUUAUUUGGAUUUACUUAUGAUGAAUUAGAUUAUAUUAAAGAAUGUUAUCCGGAUAAAGUUGCACGAAUCAAACAUCUAAUUACAAUAUGGAAAGAUGAACAAGGUCCUGAAGAAGGUAAUGUAAAAAAAUUACAAAAAAUCAUCCAGACAAUAAAACCAGAUAUGACUAUUGUCAAUUGUUAAUCGAAAAAUUUUAUAAUUUAAUAUUUUGAAAUGAAAUGAAUUAAAAUAAAAAUU